ACGUUUCUCGCACUUUUUUUGUUUUUCGAUCUCUUAUUUCACAAAUUCAGGCAACACAAAUCGGCCAGGAUCUGCGUGCUCGAGUGGAAAAUCGCGGCCUCUCGUCGAAACAAAACAAUCUUCGAACGCUUCGAAGCCUUCCGGUCGUUCCUAGCCUGUGCAUUCGUGUGGCGUGUGUGUCUGUGUUUGGUGCGUUCGCGAAAAAACCUCGCCAAUUGAUACGAUGGCCGUAAUUGCAGCGGAUCUCAAGUUUCUGCUGGCCUGCCGUGGCACGUUUGGCCAGAUCAGAAACAUACACCUCGCUGCCGCCAAUAAUGCUGCUGCUAAGAAAGUGAAAAAGUUCCAAAUUUACCGCUGGAAUCCGGAUCAGCCCGAGCAGAAACCGUACAAUCAGACGUAUGAGGUGGACCUGAGCGCCUGCGGACCGAUGGUGCUGGAUGCGUUGAUUAAGAUCAAGAACGAGAUGGACCCAACGCUAACCUUCCGACGAUCGUGCCGUGAAGGUAUCUGUGGUUCGUGUGCCAUGAACAUCGGUGGUACCAACACGCUGGCCUGCAUCAGCAAAAUCGAUGCGGACAACUUGGACAAACCGACCAAGAUCUACCCUCUACCGCAUAUGUACGUGGUAAAGGAUCUCGUGCCGGACAUGAACAAUUUCUACAACCAGUACCGUUCGAUUCAGCCUUGGCUACAGCGCAAGAACGAAAGCACCGAAAAGAAGGGUGACGCCCAGUACCUCCAGUCGGUAGAUGAUCGCGCCAAACUGGACGGUCUGUACGAGUGUAUUCUGUGUGCGUGCUGCUCCACGUCCUGUCCGUCCUACUGGUGGAAUGGUGACAAGUAUCUGGGUCCGGCCGUGCUCAUGCAGGCCUACCGUUGGAUUAUCGAUUCGCGUGACGAAAGCACGGCCGCCCGAUUGGACAAGCUAAAGGACCCGUUCAGUGUUUACCGGUGCCAUACGAUCAUGAACUGCACCCGAACGUGUCCUAAGGGUUUGAAUCCGGGUAAGGCGAUUGCCGAAAUCAAGAAGCUACUGUCCGGUAUCGCAAAGAAGGAUGCACCCGGACUGGAGACGGCCGCUCUCCACAACAAGUAAAGCGCCGUUGCGAGAUCAAGCAAGUGUGUAACGCAAUACAUCCGCUUCCCAGUGCAAGUGCAGCUUUAUUUGACGACG